UCACGCUCACUGUAUCUUCACUACGCAUGGAGCCAUGUGAGAGUUAUGAAAGUUGCCAACAGAUUAUUCAACUGCCGCACAAGCCUGUCUGGAAGACCGGGGAGUACGUACAGAGCCUUACUUCAAGUGAUAUCUUUGACGUUUUAUAAAAAGAGGUGACAUGUUUGGUGUAGUGGUCGUGGGCAUUGGGAUAGCGGGCCGGGUGAGAAUCCGUGACCUGCUGGCUCCACUGCCCUCCAGUGCGGCAGAGAAGAUGAGUGUGAAGGGAUUUGUCUCCAGGAGAGAGCUGGGGCUGGAACAGGGCGUGAAGCAGAUCUCCCUGGAGGAGGCGACUGAAAGAGAGGACAUCCAGGUGGCCAUGGUGUGCACAGAGAACUCCUCCCACGAGGAGCACAUCAGGAGGUUUCUGGAGGCAGGGAAGCACGUGGCUGUGGAGUAUCCCAUGACCCUUAACUACAAAGCCGCAGCUGAACUCCACGACCUCGCCCAGCAGAAAGGUUUGAUCCUGCACGAGGAGCAUAUUGAGCUGUUCACUCCGGACUUUAAGCAACUGAAGAAGGAUGUGGCUGGGAAGAAACUGGAGGAGGGCUCCCUACACUUCACAGGGGGUCCUCUGAAGGCCGACUUCGGCUUCGCCGCCUUCAGCGGCAUCGCCCGCCUCACCUGGCUGGUGGACCUGUUUGGCGAGCUGAGCGUGAGCUCCGCCAGCCUGGUGGAGGACAAGGAGAAGAGCUACAUGAAGAUGACCGCGCAGCUGCAGACCAUGGAGCACAAGUCCAUCACCUGGGUCGAGGAACGUGGACCGAACCUCCCGCGGGCCAAGGCCAUCAACUUCCGCUUUGACUCGUGUUCCAUGACGGCGCUCCCAAACGCCCCCAGGGAGCCUGUGGGCCUCUUCAUGCAGGACAUGGUGCUCUUCGGCCAGAAGCUCUCUGGCCAGCUGCCCCCUGCCCAGCUCCAGGCCGAGCAGAAGCGGGUCCUCCACUGCCUGCAGCUGGCAGACUCCAUCCAGAGGCUCAGCCAGGCCACGGCCUGAGGGAGCCGCCCCUCACAGGGGUGCAGGGCGAGACCACACCGCACCGCACUGGGCUGGGGAGAGCCAACCGACCUCACCUCCAUGUUGGCUGAACCAGCGCCUCACCCCGGUUCUUACAGGAAAGCGUAAGAACCGUUCUCUCCAUGUAGCCUCAAAUGUGUGCAGGGGGGAAAGAGGGAAAACUGACGAUUUAUUUAAUGUCAUGGUAACAUACUCUAUCAUGACCUUAAAAGUCAGACUUACUAUAAGACUAUAAUUCCUAACAUCAUGCUAACAAGUACAUAUGUUGAAAGUGUCAUGCUUUAAUAUUUAAUAUUCAAUGUGCGACUGGAUGAUUAUUUUUUAAUUUAAUUUAUUUUUUAAGAAAACACAAAAUGAGACUUUUCUGUGUGAAUCUUGUAAUUUCCCUGUGUUUUGAGGCCUAACUCAGAUGAAUAUGUCUAUCAUUAAAUCAAGAUGUUCAAUUUGUUUGAAGAAGAUGCCACCAUGUUAAUGAAGGUGCCACUCACACUUUUUAGCAGUUUGAAGUUAAUUCGGGUCAGACAUCCUAUUACACAUAAUACAUGGAGGUAUGGAUCCCCAUGGGCUGUAAACACAAUGUGCAUUGUAGACCAUUUUGUCAUACUUUGUCUUGUUUACUUGUUUUAAACGUUACUUUUGUCUGAUACAAGUCAAGUGUUUGGUUUUUCUUUUUUAGGAUAGAAAUAGCUACUGAGAGGCGGAUUUAAGAGAUACUCCUAAAAAUCAUGGGCGUAUCAGUCUUCAUUUCAGGACUUUUUUUUUAAUUCAAAUGACUCCUUACAGUCCUUAGCUGUCCUUUCAGGGCUUGUGCUAAAACAACUCUGUUACUUGCAGACAGGCCAGACAGGGGUAUACUAUAAAACUAAAGCCUGAGAUGCGUUCAGAUUCGGCAAACAGAUGCAACAGUUCAUGUCCGUUGCCUUGUAGCUUGCCAUUUUGUUUACAGUUUAAAUUGAACAGUUGCUGAUAUGCCACACACUUCCUGGAAGGCUUUUCAGCCAGACCAAACAUUUCCGAUUGAUCAUCACCUGUAUUGUUUUAGCGUAGCGGUUGGGUAUUACACCUAGUGAAUGAGCAUGUUAAAAUACUGAGAGAUUGAAGUUGAUGCUGAUGCUCUACCAGUAAUAAAAGUGCUGGCUGAAACAGCCUCCGUGGUAUAUAGACCAUUGACCAUUUUUACACAACAACGUUCAGAUUUAAAAUAUUAUUAAAUUUAAAACAUUUAAUCUAUGAUGAAUGUUUGCCUUCAGGCAUAAAGCUCAACAUACUACUACUAACUAAUGUCCCCUCAUAGUAUAUCCAUCAGGCUCUGGAAUUGGGAAACAAAUACAGUGACCUUGACCAAGCCAUUAAUAUUUUCAGCCAAUCAGCUACCAGAGCAUGGACUAAAGGGAUGUAAUUUGAUUGGCUGUUGUUGAGCUGAAAUAACCCUCUGCAAAACUGAACUGCAGACUGUAGACUCCAAUUAAUCUGUGCCUUAUCAGAAAGCUGUAAGCUUAGCAUAUAAACGUGUACUCCCAGGUUCAACUCUUUGCUCUUCAGACUAGCUGUGUGAAUUUCCACUGUGUAAUUCAGGAAGUGGUCAGUGGUCAUCGUUUUUUGUGUUCUAGGACACGGUACACGUUGACGUAAAACAUUUAGUUCAUGCUAUGGGUCCUGCACUGUCCUUACAGCGCUUAGCAGCGGCAUGGGACACAGGUUUAUUGAAAAUGAAAUACACAUCCAUAAUUCUUUUGAGAAGUUUGAAAACAUUGCACAACUUUCAAAGGGAGUUACUUUGAGUUCUUUGAGUGAGUUAUUGUUUACUAAGGAUGUAACCUCAUUGUGCAUACUGGAAUUAGGCAUACUGUGUUCUGUAUCAUGUUUAGAUAGGUGUGCAUUAUCUAUGUAAACAAUAAAUAGUGCCUGCAUUA